AUGAGCUGUGGAGAGCGAGUAACUGAGCUUAUUGGCUCUUCCGACCCUGGUUUUCAAGCAAAAACCGAUGCGAUAAUGGACAAGUACUGGUAUUUUUUCGACAAAGACCGAAGCGAUUCUUUGAGCUGGGAUGAGUGGCGAUACGCGAAUUCUGCCUUUGCUGUGGUUGAUGCUCUUGUGAUUCUGGAAGCGUUUGAUGCGGAUCGUGAUCAAUCUUUGAGCUCGACUGAGCAAAACGCCUGGAGAUCAAAAAUGAGAGAGAUGUUCUCUGCGUUCGGAUACCAGCCAACUCCUGAGCAACAUGCUGCCAUGGUUGCUGCUUGGGCUCUCUCUCAGACAGAUGAUGAUCCCUCCGCUUCACUUAUCGAACUUUCUCGAUUCAAUUUACUCCUAUGGAAUUCUUUCUAUCAAUAA